AUGACUGUCAAAAGUCGCAAGGAUGUGUGUGUACUAAUGUUGGGUUGUGGGGGUCACUGCCAACUUAUAAACACCAAAGGGAGCCUCAUGUUGCGAGGGUGCAAACAUGCUGCUUAUGUUACCAGCUUCUCCAUCAUCACCACCUUCUGGUCUUUUCACUCACAUCAACAACUCAAACUCUGGGGCAUGACAGGAACUGUGAGUUUUAUAGUCUUGUUAUCAGGAAGUGUAAAAACUCACCAGACAAAGAGCCCACUUGUUUUCACUUUACUUUGUUCUCACAGAGUCACGGAGGCAUGUUUGAAUCCAACCCACCACGCCUUGGACGGGGAGCACGCCAAAUGUGGUAUGACUCCAGAUCUAGAUUUCAGGGAAGAAAUCCUGAUUUAUGAUUUGAAAUUAAAGUACCAGCAUGUUACUACCUUUAUAAAAUAUAUAAUGUCACAUAAUUAUUCAUUCAUUUGGUGUUGUUCAGUAUUCUGUCCAAUAGAAAUGAAUUACAGCAGCUCACAGUGAACUGAAAUCUAAGCUUGUUUAAUUGAAUACCGUUCGCCUCUUGUAUCACCUUUCAAUAUUGUGACUUAAUAAACAUUCACAAUACACGGCUGCUUAGUGAGUCAUGACAGACAGUAAUGUGUCACCUUAUAUAUACAGCUCAUGUAAUGCACUCAGUGCACGCAGACAUUGAAUUUAUUAACCCUCCUCCUGUGUUAGGGUCUGCACCGACCCGUUUUUGAUUUUAAAUGCUUAAAAGAACCACUUAGAUUCGCUUUUGUGCAUCAAGACUUUUUGACUUUGUCAGGAACCUCUAUUUCAACAAAAGAAAAAAUAUAUAUAAAAAAAUUAAUUCGCUAAAUUAUAAAAUGCUCUUUUUAAAAUUACGGCACUUGUGGUGUUAGGGUCGCUGUUGACCCGGUUAGAUCAAUAUCUAAUAAUCACAAGUGCACUGUCAGGCACCACAUUGACAGUCAGAUCCUCGUCCAAUCAUGUGAGAUUUAGGAAAUUCUAAUUUUGCCUGGUUUUUCCCUGUAUAAAAAAACUACUUUGGGCAUGUCCAGACAUGUGAGAUCAGUUCAGUAUAGAUGUCUGUAUGAGGGGUAUACUGACAAAGAAAGACUCAUAGGUCCACUAUAAAAACUGUUUAAGCAAUAUUUUCAUGGAUAAUGAAGCCUAACAAGGUAACCUAGAGAUGAGAACUAAAUCGGAUGAUAGAGAAUUGUUUUUAGUGUAAUUUAAGACACAGGUCAAAAAUGACCGUUAACAUGGUGGGUGUGUGGUGAAAGCUGGAAGGAGGAAGGUUAACUUAGUCAACCCAAGGGGCCAUUCUGAGAAAAAUAAGGACGUGUCUGAUGAGGGGUUUCCUUGGCAACAAGCGUCACACUUUGAAAGUCUGGAAACUGAGAAAAAAACUUAAGUUAGAGAAAGAAAUCUCUGUAACCCUGACCAAGAAAGUUCUUGGACCACCCUAAGUUCCCACUGAAACAGCUGCAUGUACUCAAAUUUUCCCUCCUGAUCACAUUAGUCAUGGAGAGACCAGUGAGGAAAUAGCUUCAUGAGUGAUUUCGAGUUAUGAUGACUGAAACCUUUUUUUUUUUUUUUACCUAAAUGUCUCACAUGCUUUUACAUGUUUUGUGACCAAAAUGUCAUGUAAAUAUAUCGCACGUUAUAAAACUUUGUCAUUAAGGUUAAUCAAAGAAAACUUAAAUGUUCAGUAAACUUUUUUUGUGGGUCAAUUUAGCUUCUAAAAGUUUGUGUUACAUGCAAACUUUUCUCAUCAGGACACAAAUUAUCUGAAACUGAAAGAAAGUUAUUUACUGAAUCAUGAACCUGACGUUUUAUCACCUUUUAUCCACAGCGCACAGGAAGUGGGGCAAAAAGAAGAAAGGAGAUCGAGUGAGACCUGAGACACAACACUGGGUAGAAAUGUGAUCAAGUCAUCUGAGAUAUUUAAGGCUAAAAGGUACAGUGUGUGGAAAUAUUUAGCAACAUCUAGCAGUCAGAUCCGAGAUUGAAAUGCUCCUCUGUCACCCCUCCCAUUAGUAAAACAAGAGUGGCCUUUAAGAAGAAGAAGAAACUAGCAUGAUUCAUAAGUAUGAGCCUCUAUUUGUCAAGUUUUUAAAACAUGAAUCAGUGCAAAUUCUUACAGACACAGCUGUUUGGGUUUUUUAUGUGAGCUGCUGGUAUUUUUUGACAAAUGGAGACAAACAUGUAGAAAAACAAAUUAAAGGAAGAUUAAUGACUUUUCAAUUUAUAUCCAGUCACAAACCUGAUCAGUGUUUACGCUUACAGAAGUAGUGCUGCAUUACAUGAUAAAAAAACACAACAAUAUUUUGUACUUUCAAAAAAAUUUUCUUAUUUUAUUCUUAGAUUCUUAUUUUACCACACCCCACAGGAAAUAAAUACGAGGAAAAUAUCAUCUUACCAUUGUUGUCAUCCUCAGUCUGUCAAUGGGAAGAAUAUCACAUAUGUUAAGUCAACACAUAACAGAUUUUGUAAGAAAUUUGCAUUCACAUGUAAUACCCCAACUCAGAACGCACCAACACAAAAAAAGCCAUAACAGCUACAUGAAAAUCAUCCUGGUGUAUCUAUUUAUUACAUGUGUUUAACUUUCCUGCAUCUAUAAAACAUCUGAACAUAUAUUUAUAUCAGCUGUGUAUCUCUAUCAGACUGUACAGAUCUGUUGCAAUAAAUUCUCAUAAGUGAACCGAUUUUAAAAAAACAGAGCAUCUCAGAUAGUCGAGAAAACUGUUUACCUUUUUGUUAUUUGUGGUUCAUUUUUCACAGCCAAUCGCAUCCCUCGGUCCUUCAUUAAUUUUGUUCUUUACUUUUUAUUUUAGGCCUUUCCCUGUUCACUCCACAGUAAAUGUCUCCUCCUCCUUAGUCUUACACAGAAUAACCACACUUUUACAGCCCCCUUCUUACACGGCACAAUAUAAUCUAUCUCACACAGCUAACAAAUGAUAAGGCAUCAGCUAAAAAAAUAAUUAUUAAACAUGAACCUUGUUUGUGUUUCAUCUUUUGGUGUUAACUUGUAGGAACAUAACAUUUGCCAAAAAAAGUCGUCACUGAUAUUUGCACAGCUCAUUAGCUCAUCUUCACCAUCAUCUGUCACUGCUGGCAAACAACACACUGCUCUCACUUUACAAACACUUAAGAUAGGCUAAUUACUUUUCCUUUCUAUACAUAGAGAGUUACUUAAUUUGAGAGAAUGUAACGCUCACUGAGACACAUCUUUUCCCAGCCUGUCUAAAGAGUAUUGUAAAUAAAUAAACCCUGAAAAAUUGCAAGAUAUGAAGCAGAAUUUAAAAAUCCUAAUUCAUAGAAGCUGGUACACGGUGUAUGAUUAUGAUUAUACCCCAUGAAUUUACUAAUAAUGGUUUGCAAAUCAUUUGAAUCACAUAUUGAAAACAAGAAAAUAUGGGGGGGGGGGGGGGAAUAAAAAGUUGAUCACUGCUAAAACAAAAACACCUGUAAGAAGAUCUUCCAACUAAUCAUGUUAAUUUGCAACAGAUUAGUAACAUGCCCAGGUGUUCAGCAAACUGACUACCUCAUAGUAAAAUAGCAAAUACUUCCUGAGAUUUUAUCCUUAACAGAGCAUAAUUUUUAAGCCCAAAAACAAGACAGGAUGGUUCAGAAUGAUAAUAACCAAUUGUUUGUGAAAACACAGUGUCACUUCAUACACAAAUUCUAGUUCAAACUGUAUCAUGCAAGGAGGAAACCAAGCAUGAUCCAGAAACGUCAACAACUUUUCAUCAAGUUUUGACACGGACAAACAUUUGAGGGAUCAAGAAAUUGAAAAUACAACCCCACGCUGUUGAGUUUAGCUAAAAUCACAUUUUAGGUUGGACAACAUUUCAAUUUCCAAACCACAGAAACUGAUCUUCUUGGUUUCCAAACUUUUACAGAGUGUUGAAAAAGUGAUGCAACUUAAAGUGAAUCAUGCAUCACGUAACAACAUUUUUAAAACUGGCAUCAAACGAGAAACUGUCUUUGCACUACUUUUAAUCAAAUACUGAAUUUCCAAACCAUCAAAAUCUGUUUUUAUCAAAAUUUUACACAGACUUGGGGUUGUUGAAGUUGAAUCAUCUUCAGCAGUUCUUACUUAUCAUUUAUUAUUUACUUUGAAUAUGAUCUUAUCCUCUUCACUUGUCUUCUGCCAAAAUAACCCAAACUUGCACCACUUCAUCCCAUCAUAUAGUGACAACAGUGUUAUUAUAUAUUUUCAGCAACCACUUCAGACUAACAAAAUCAUGAUAUUUCUGUAACCCUAACUAUAGCACAUCAGUCGCCUACAGCUUCCCACAUACCAGAGUAGGGCAUGAACCCUUGACUCCGCCACGACCGUGCUUUCACUAUGUAAGUCUGUUUAUCUAAACCAGCCAACCCCAUCGCAGCUUCAGCAAAGCAGUGUUUAAAUGAAGCUCAAGAAUUGCCAUGAUCUUAAUCCGGACAGCGAUUACGUUGUCACUACUGCGCAAUUAGGAAAACAGUUAAGCAAAAGAAUUUAAAGGAGACGGAGUAAGAAAUGCCAGAGCCAUGCACCAGUCAAACACGCCAAACGACUCAAGAACAGAGGCGACGACGAGAUUUUACAGAUCUGUACUUACCAUAAAACACAACCUCACUUACUUGACUUUGAUGAGUUAAUGCACCAGCCACAUUACUGAUACCAAGACUAAGGAGCCUCAGAGCCUAAGGGUCCCCAGUAACAGGAUGCUGAAAUACAUCUGACAUGUAAUUAACAGAAGCUCUUGCAUUUGUCAACAAUUAAAGAAGAAAAGAGCCAGACUGCUCAUGAGCUAGAGUCUAUAUUUGCUUGAGUCCAAACAAGACUAUUUGGAAAGACCAGACGUAUUGCAUAUCACCUUUUAUCGUACUGCAAUUACACCACAAGAGAAUACUUUCACAGUGUCUUGGGUGUCGAAUUUCUGUGGAGAAAAACUUUCCAGGAUAAUGGAUGAUAAAGGGAUCCGAAUUUAGCUACAACAACACCGUCCUCUUGUGUAGACAUGUCUAAAAUAACGUCACCGCCAAAUAGUUGUCGAGCAAUGUAACAGUCUCAUGUAAGUAUACGCUAAUUGGACACUUCAUUCUGUAAAUGAAAAAACAAAACCUACACACAUUUUAGUAGCAACAUUAUCUCUAAUUUUAAUAAAUACGACAAAAACAUCCGUUAGUAACAGAGAAAACAAACGUGUUUGUGAAAAGUAUCAGAUAUUAAAGUGAUGACACGCACAGUUGUAACCAUUAGUUGGAUUUGGCAGUAAUCAGCAGUUUCAAUCGGGUGUUUCAUUAGAUGUUUUUAUUUCACAGGGUAACAUGA